UAAAAGUUUAUCCAGAAAAAAGUUCUGUUUAAAUAUAUUAUGCCCUGGUCCACUUUUUAAAACCUAAGCAUUUCCAGCAUUUGCCCCAAAAUGCAACCUCUUGUCUAUUUCACUGUAGCAAAAAUAUUUUAAUUAGAUUUUUCCCUGAUUAUUUGAAAAAUAUUUGUCAUACUGUGACGUGUAUGUGCGCUAUCCGUUGUGCUGAAAACACCACUCUCGGUUUCCUGUGUGACUGAACAGAAAAAACAAGUGAAAAUCUUAUAUAAACUAUUGUGUAUAUUUAAACUGAUUUCAAAUCACGAAUUUUUAAGUCAAAUUGAGUGAUAAAAAGCUGAGGGGGCAGUUUUUUUUUUAAUCUAGCUUUUAUUAAUCCUUCUGUUUUGACGCAAGGGGUCGCAAUUGACCACAACUUAAUUUUAGUUUGAUUUUUCAGUCUCCUCCUCUUGUUGUGACGCAGGGCAAACGGCGAGUUCUUUGUCAGAGAUCGCGAUGAGAGCACAGGACUGGGGUGGAUUCCAUUGAAUACUGUAGUGUUUAGUCGCGUUUUUCUGGGAUGUACAGUUUUCCUCGUGGCCUUGUUUGGACAAUGGACGUCAGACGGAAUGAACAAAUCUUCUCUUGGCUCUUUGUCCUGUUUCUAUCUGACUGGUGCACUGCACAGAUUUCAUACUCUGUUUCUGAGGAGGUGGACAAAGGGACGGUGGUGGGGAAUAUCGCUAAGGAUUUAAAUGUCAACGUUCGGGAUCUGCAAACAAGGAAUUUCAACAUGGUUUCGGGAUACAGUAAGAAAUAUUUCGAGGCAAAUGUUAAGACGGGGGACGUGUAUGUGAACGAGCGAAUAGACCGUGAGGAGCUUUGUCCCAGCGCUGUGAAAUGCACGCUAAACUUCGAGGCUAUACUGAACAACCCCAUGGUGCUCCGCCGCAUUGAGGUGGUGAUUGUUGAUAUAAAUGACAACGCACCUACAUUCGUGGAGGAUUCUCAUUCUCUGAAUAUAUCUGAAUUUUCUCCAACCGGCGAGCACUUUUUGCUUCCUCUGGGUCUCGAUGCAGAUACAGGUAGUAAUUCUAUAAAAACAUACAAACUGGGACCGAAUGAAUAUUUCUCCUUAGACGUGCAGAAUAACGGAGAACAGAGUGUCUCUGCUGAGUUAGUGCUAGUGAAACCUCUAGAUAGAGAAAAACAGUCUGUUGUUAAGCUGACACUGACGGCUGUAGACGGCGGCAAUCCUCCCAAGAGUGGGUCGGUACAUAUACACGUCAACGUUUUAGACGUCAACGACAACACGCCUGUAUUUAGCAAGACACUUUACAAGGCACGGAUAAAUGAGAACUCUCCGGUGGGGUCAUUAGUGAUACAUCUUAAUGCCACGGACUUAGACGACGGCGACAACGGGAGAGUAGUUUACUCUUUUGUCAAGCGUGCUAACUUCAAUCCUGCAGAUAUGUUUUUUAUAAACGCAGAAACGGGAGAGAUCACGGUUAAAGGGGACUUAAAUCACGAAACACAGGCCGCGUAUGAAAUUCAUGUUCAAGCGACAGACAGAGGUUCCUCUCCGCGGAGGGCAAACGGGAAGCUUCUGGUGGAAGUAGUUGAUAUUAACGAUAAUGCCCCAGAAAUUGUAGUGACGUCACUAAUGAAUCCUGUAAAAGAGGAUGCUGAAAUAGGCAGUGUUGUGGCAUUGGUGACUGUGACCGAUAAAGACGGCGGAAAAAACGGUCAAACUAAUUGUAAGUUAGUUGGCUCUGCACCGUUUAAGCUAAAACCGAAUUAUAAAAAUUACUUCUCUUUAGUGGUAGAUGAUUCAUUGGACAGAGAAAAAAAUGUAUUUUACAAUGUCACAAUUCAGGCUACUGAUGAGGGGGUCCCACCCCUGUCCACUAGUAGCGUUCUUACUGUUCAUGUCUCUGACGUCAAUGAUAACGCACCUCGUUUCCUUCAGCCAUUUAUUAACAUUUAUGUAAAAGAAAACAGUCCAGUUGGAAAUCGUAUUUUCACUGUAACUGCAGUAGAUCCCGACAUCAAUGAAAAUGCAAAAGUAACGUACUCCGUUAUUGCUGACUCAAAAAAUGUUCCUAUAACUUCUACUAUAAACAUCAACUCGGAGACUGGAGAUUUAACCAGUUUACAGUCGUUCAAUUACGAGGAGUUAAAAACGUUCCAGUUUAAAGUCCAGGCCACAGACUCUGGUGUUCCUCCGCUCAACAGCAACGUGACUGUAAACGUUUUCAUUCUAGAUGACAAUGAUAAUAGUCCCAAUAUUCUUGCGCCAUAUUCUGAACACGGCUCUGUUUACAGUGAGACCAUACCCUAUAAUGUUGAAGCAGGACACAUUGUGGCAAAGGUCAGGGCUGUAGACUCAGACUCUGGAUACAACGCACUUCUUUCUUAUCACCUCUCUGAGACCAAAGGAAACAACCUGUUUCGGAUCGGAACCAGCACUGGAGAAAUUAAGACUAAGAGGAGAAUGAGUGACAAUGACCUGAAAACUCAUCCUGUAGUGGUGCAGGUUUCUGAUAAUGGCGAGCCCUCUUUGACGUCCACUGUGUCUAUAGAGGUGGUGGUGGUUGAAAGUUCAGCUGACAUCCAGACUCAGUUCAGACAUGUGCCAAUAAAGGAGGACAACUUUUCUUCUUUGAACCUCUAUCUUCUGAUUGGCAUCGUGUCAGUGUCGGCCAUCUUUCUACUGAGCCUCAUCAGUUUAAUAGCCGUCAAAUGCCACCGAACCGACAAUAGGUUCAACAGGUACAGCGCCCCCAUGAUCACCACACACCCUGACGGGAGCUGGUCUUAAUCCAAAGAAACUCAGCAGUAUGACGUCUGCUUCAGUUCAGACACUCUAAAGAGUGACGUAGUGGUUUUCCCUGCACAGUUACCACCUCUAGAUGGGGAGCUGAUCAGUAUAAAUGGAGGAGACACGUUUAACAGGACUCAGACUUUACCAAAUAAAGAAAAGGUGAGUUACUAA